AUGAGCUAUGAAUCCAAUGCAGAAUGGCAAUUGAAAUCUGACAGUAUUGUAACCGAUAACAAUAGAAUAUGGAAAGGAUAUGACGAUUUCAAUCGAAGCCUCAAUAUACAAGCAAAUGAAACUUAUACAAAGAUGGAUGACAAGCCUUCUUCACAAACAAGAAGCAUUUUGACAAAUCGUAACAUUCAAAACAACA